CAGGAAGUUGCUGCUGAUUUGCUGAUUGCUUUGGGAGUAUACACGAUUCAUUGAGAAUUCAUUCGUCCGUCCUUACUGCAGUUGUGGGUACAUCGGUAACAUGGCAGGGUUACUCGCCCGCAAAGCUGUAGACUAUGUCAAGAGCAAGGAAUUCCGUGAUUAUCUUAUGAGCACGCACUUCUGGGGACCUGUGGCAAACUGGGGCCUUCCCAUUGCGGCUAUCAAUGAUAUGCAAAAGUCUCCAGAGAUCAUCAGCGGUCGUAUGACAUUUGCACUCACCUGCUAUUCGUUGCUUUUUAUGAGAUUUGCUUACAAAGUUCAACCUAGAAACUGGCUUCUCUUUGCAUGCCACUUCACAAAUGAAGGUGCCCAGCUUAUCCAGGGAACACGUUUGAUAAAAUACAAAAUGUCUAAAAAAGAAUCUGCAGAAAAAUUAGUUUAAUGGACUGUCACCCUCUUCUUGCAAUAUUUACUUCGGUUACGAGACCCAUAAUGCGUGGGUUUUUUUAUGUAAUCUUUUAAUCUAGAUUUGUUGAAAGAUAAAUAACUGUGCCAUUCACUUGAGUGCAUGAUUCGGUUGAUCACAGCACACUAGUUUAACAUUACUGUGACAAGAAGAUUUGUGCCUGAAGUUACUUUUAUCAACCGCCCCUGGAACUUUAAGAAAACUAAGAAAAUAAAAUUACUAGAACCUAA